AUGGCCCCAACUCCUCUUCUCAACAUCGUCCACUCUCCCACCAAAGGCCGUUGUAUCUACCCAACCACCCCCCUCUCCUCCGGCGCAGCAGUGCUCCACGCCCUCCCCUACGCGCUAGGCGUCCUCCCCUCCCACCGCAAGCGCCUCUGUGCCUACCUCCCCUGCUCCCUCCCAACAACAAGCUACUACACCACCUCCUGCUCGGGGUGCGGGGCAGUGUUCUACUGCUCUAUAGACUGCAAGAGGGGGAACGAGGAGAAGCAUAGCUGGAUAUGCGCUGGGCUGAGGAGGCUGAAGGGGUGGGCAAAGGACAGGCAUAUAGCAGGUAUGAUGGUGCUUGUGCUGGAAGUGCUCGCGCAGGCAAAAGUGGACGGCUCUCCCUGCGCAUUGGAAGCAGAUGCGGACAGUGAGCUGAGGGCAGAAGCCUUCCGAGCCGUCUACAGCAUGGAGGACGCUGACGUGCCCGUGCCCGUGCCCGACAAACCAACGUUCGCCCAAGUCCUGGCACUCCAGUCCCACCUCUCCUCCUGGUCUGCAGAAGACAUGCGUACAUGGACACAGCACACCCACUUCCUGCACUCCCUGUUCUCCGGUUGCUUGCCUGGGCUCUUACCUGCCGAGUGGGGGCUGGGGGAGGUGCUCGAUCUGGUUAGCAAGUUGGAGAGUAACUCUUUCGGCCUGUUUGCGGGGGAUUCUAACCCUAUCCGGGCGGUGCGAUCCGCUGCUGGGAAAGUAGAAUUACAGCCAGUGGGAGAAGGAGGAAGAGGAAGAUGGACAUGGACAUGGACGGGGAGGGGGCUAGGACUAGAACAGGGACAGGGAGGGCCAAAGCAUGUUUUGCCAGAGGCACCGAACUUGCGUGCAGACCCGCUCACGGCGGUUGAGCUGUUCGCCUGUCCCUCCCUACCCUUGGCCGGGCUCUCACACGCGCAGGAAGAGGAGGGAGAAGAGGCAGCAGGGGAGGCGGAGAAAAUCCGAACAGUCGGCCUCGGGUACCCGCUCAGCUUCACACUCAUCCGCGACGUGGAAGAGGAAGAGGAACUGACCAUCUCCUACGUCUCCCUGGACUUGCCACGCGCGCGGAGGAGAGCGGUGUUGAGCGGGGAAUGGUACUUUGACUGUGGGUGUGGGAGAUGUUUGGAGGAACGGAGGGGGAGGGGUAGGGGUAGGGGUAGUGUUGAGAGGGUUGAGGGGGUCGGUUGA